AUGGCGAUCUUGGGCUCCUCCUACACCACCCUCCUGAUGAGCCUGGCGCCGCCAGCUCCGGCAAAAUCCUCUCCCGCAGCGGGAUCACUGCAGCUCCGCAGCAAACAGCCGGCGGCGGCUUCGUCAGUAGCUGCUCUGCGUUGGGCCUCAUGCAAAGACAAGGAGUCGCCGUCCCGGGCUGCUGUCUUCGCGUGCCAUGCGCAGAAGUACACGUACAACAUCGAACGCGACGGAACUUUGAUUUUGGGAAUUUGGAAAUUAGUCCUGCUGCACAUUCCCACAUUAUCGGGCGACAACUGGAGCGUCAUGGAAGACAGGGACCACUUCAUCCUCAAGUUCAGGGUGGGAGAGUCGACGAGCAAUGAGAAAUUGGAGGUUACAACGACGGAGGACCUGGCGCGCCUGGUCAUCAAGUACAGGGUCGGCGGUGGCGGCGGCGACCACAAGGACGCCUCCGCCGACGACGACAACCCAGCGAGCUCGCUGAACGUCCAGCUCACGAUGCCUCCCGGCUACGACGGCAGGAAUGCCAAGGGGAUGAUGUCGUCCAACGGCUGGCUCAUUAUCGCUAUCCCCAAGCCUAAGCACGAGGCCAGGAAGAUAGACAUCUCGCCGCCACCGUCGUCGUCCCACCAGCAGUGA